AUGUCUGACUUCGUCCACGACCAAGCUCCUAGCAGCGACCAUAUCGCGUUUCAGUAUCCGUUCGCCUCAGCACCAGACAUCAUCCGAUCACAUCAAAAAGAUGCUUACUUCCAGGGUGUGCUGUUGGAGCGCCUCUCCUCGGUACUACGAAACCUCUAUGGCGCUCGCUUUGCGCAAACCAACAUGACGGGUACGCGGACCUUCGCAGAUCUGCUAUAUCUGUCCUUGACGACCCUGGUGGGCAAUCGUACCCUCGGAGAGGAAUACUGCGACAUCGUCCAGGUGGAAGAUGACACGCUGCGUCUACCUAGCGCAUACAGAAGAGGAGGAUACAUAAUCGCCAGCGUCUUGCUGCCAUAUGGUCUCACCAGACUCCUACCAGCUUUUCGAAGGAAAUUGCGCGCAAAGUUGGAAAUUUCCUUGCGCCGCCGGAACAGCAAGCCCGACCAGUCAUCAUCGUGGCUGACCAACCUACAAUCUUACGUCCUUCGAAACCUCGACACCAUCACUUCUCCUUCGCCGAUACAUGCUCUCAGUCUGACAGCCUUCUACUUUACCGGUGCAUACUAUCACCUCGCAAAGCGGCUUGGUGGUCUCCGCUACAUCUUCACCAGACGUCUAGAUCCCAGCGAGCAGCGCAUUGGCUAUGAAGUCUUGGGUGUACUCCUAGUCCUCCAACUCGGUGUUCAGGCCUACCUGCACGCUCACGAAAUCUACUCUUCGGUCCCUGUUAUCAGCAACCCCGCAACGUUGAGUGGAGGUAGCGCUGUCCUCGACAACGGCGUCGAAGUCUCUCUGGACCCAAACGCCUACAGCUCGAACAACGCCCUAUUGUUGGAAGAAAGUGGCGCUCAGCACGAUACUUCCAGUCUCCACACUAAGAUCUCGAGAAUGACGCAUACGCCUUUGCCGCCUUCAGACUCCGAGGCCGCUAUCCUCAAUCUCGAAGAUGAGGAGAAACUUGGUUGGAUCGAGAGUAGUCAACAGAGAAAGUGCACGCUGUGUCUAGAGCCCAUGCGUGAUCCUAGUGCUACUACUUGUGGUCAUGUGUUUUGCUGGACUUGCAUUGCGGAUUGGGUGAGGGAGAAGCCCGAGUGUCCGCUGUGUAGACAGAGUGUCAUGGCCCAGCAUAUUCUGCCGCUCAGAGGUUGA